CGUGUCUGUUCUGUUUUCCUGUCGCACUCUACAGGAAGCUGCUCGGUUAGUGACAUGGCUGCCGCAGCAGAUACAAAGGGGGAAUUACAGAAGGAAUUGGUUUGUGCCAUUUGUUUGGAUUACUUUGAUGAUCCGGUCAUUUUAAAAUGCGGUCACAACUUCUGCCGCAUGUGCAUUUUAAUGCACUGGGAGGAAAACGGAGGAGACGGCUAUCAGUGUCCAGAGUGCCGGAUGGUGUUUGGCAAAAUGAGCUUCACAAAGAACUAUCUGGUGAAGAACCUGGUGGAUAAACUGAGUGAGUUUGAGUGUCUGAAGACGUGCAGACCUCCUGCACCGGCCAAACCGGGCAAAACAGAUGGUAAAUGUGAGAGACACCAUGAGGAGCUAAAACUCUACUGCCACACAGACAGAAAGCCCAUCUGUGUGGUGUGCAGAGAGUCGAGAGAUCACAGGCUCCAUGAUGUUGCUCCUGUACCUGAGGUUGUUGAGGACAUGAAGGGAGGCCUGAAGCUGAGGCUCAUCAAACUGAACUGGCAGAAGUCCAUGUGUGCCCGCGUCAAAGCCACAGAUGAGCAAGCCAAAGCAGACGUCAAACUAAAGAAGCAGGCUCUGAAGGAGAAGAUUGAGGAUGAUGUGGGAGCACUGGUGCAGUUUCUGCUGGAUGAGAAGGACAGACUGUUGGAGAGGCUGGAGGCCGAGGAGGCAGCUACUAUAGCGCUGAUAGAUGAGAAUCUUAAACUGGUGGAAAGUGAGGCAGCUAAAGUAGACAAGGCCAUUGCUGAAAUUCAGAACCAGCUCAGCGAGGUAGCAAACUUUGAGUUAUCUUAUGGAUGUCUUUUUCAGAGCAUCUGCAAAGCGUAUUCAAGCCCAAGUCAUGUUAACCUUACAGUACAGGCGGUGAACUGUCCGCCUGAUUUCACCGAGUUCACUGGACCCUUUCAGCUCAUCUUGUGGAAGAAGAUGAUGCAUGUGCUGCAUACGAUGCCACAGAACCUGACGUUGGAUCUGGACACAGCACACCCGUCUUUGGCCAUUAGUGACUUUGACACAAAGGUGGAGGAGGGCCGAGCACGCUCGCACGAGCCCGACCUGCCGCGCCGCUUCACGCGCUUCUUUGGUGUGUUGGCUACUGCGCAGUACUCCAGUGGCCAGCACUACUGGGAGGUAGACGUGAGGGACAAGGGAGUGUGGUACCUGGGUGUGACCACAGCAUGCAGCAACCGGAAGGGCUUCGUCAGUCUGUCGCCGUCAGCUGGAUACUGGAGCCUGAGCCUCCACGACCGCCUCUACGCCAAUGAAGAGGACGCACGUGUGCCUGUGGCUGAUUACUGGAGCUCGCCGCGUGUCGGUGUCUUCCUUGACUAUGAGCGCGGCCACGUGGCUUUUUACGACGCCGUCACUAUGAAGCGCGUCUACAGCUUUGCGGCGUACUUCGACGAGCCCGUUUCGCCCUUCUUCAGCCCCGGAAAGAACGACCCGGGCAGCCGCCUGCAGAUCUGCCACUAUUACUGAGGAGAGACUAUCACUGUAUUUUAAUGUUUUGAGAAGGAGAAGUCCAUUGCAGGGGAAGCUGGCUGCAGAUCCCCUACUACUGAUAAAAAUGAGAUUGGGGAGAAUGAGAGGAAAACAGAGAAAACAGCAUUCAUUGUAUCUGCAGUCAGAAGUUUUCAUUCCUAGGCGUUCUUCUCUCAGGAGGCAGGCUGCCGUGGUGUGGCUCAGACUCGGAGACUUCUUCACGAUCUGUCCAUGUGAAUUAGGGAGUGUAAUACUCUACCAUGCCUGAUCUGAACAAGUCUGUUCUUAUUACUGUUGGAUUACGAUGUAGCCCUGUUGACAUUCAGGUCAAGAUGCGCUGCAGGUUUUAAGCAAAUAUCAACUCGAGCUGCUUUUAACAUCUCAUUUCACCUCAGUGUUGUUCUGUGUCCCCUUCAAAUGUGACCUUUUAAGCAAUGGAAUUUAGAUCAGUAGGUUUUAGAAGUAGUUCGCUGUGAACGUUUGAUAAAGCUCUAGAGAUGUUUUAACUUUUUUUUUUAAAUUUCUUUUAAUUAUUUAAUUCCUCAUUUCUGUUGAAAAUAUAUACUUUGAUAGAAAUGAGUCGCUAGUGUAAGACAUAAUACUUAAAUAAUCCAAGGUUCUGAGUUUGCACAGGCUACUAUGCAAGGUUUAGACAUUUCCAUAAUAAUUAUGUAAAUAAGGUUUCUUUCUAAUCCCCCUCUUUUAAAGCCCCACACUGGUGUGCUGAAAUCUGGCCUGGCUCCGAGUGUGGAAUCAGAGAGCUUGGGAAAUGUGUGUAUUGCUUACGGAUAGGUGUGCUUAUUUAAAUAUGCUAUAUCUGAACUCCUCUUAAUAUUUAUUUACAUAAUUAAGUGUUCAUAUAUAGCUUGUGUAAUCCAAAAUAAAAAUGAAUUACACUGUCAUUUUUUGAUUUUUUUUUUUUUUUUUUUUUUUACUGUGCAUGUGCUAUAGAAAUACAAACCGCAGUAUAUGUAUAUGUCCAUAUAUACAAACCCAAGCAGCUCGUCUCGUACGUCACAGCAAGCAAAAUGGCCACAUCUAAGCAGAGCUAUAUAUGGAAAUUCUUUAUUUCUGUCCCAGCUGACAGAUUGUUUUUCUGCAGUAGGGUGUUAAUUGUAUCUGUAAUUGCUUCAUGUCUGAAUAUUUGAACACGAUUAGGCUGAUAUUUAAAAAAAAAAAAAAAAAAAGUGUAGAUCAGAAAGACCCUGUUAAAGCCAGGCUUCAUGUCCAAGUCAGUUUCAGACAGGUCCAUCAUUGUUACAAAUCUUAUUUUCCUUUUUCUGUUUUCUGUUUUACUAUUUUCCUUUCUUAUUCAUUUCUGGUUUCAUUUCUUAUUCAUAACCGUGUGAAUCAUAACCAUAUGAAUGAUCCGCAAAAUGUGGAUAUUUGAAUAGAGAAAGCGGUUAAACUGCCCGUCCCUAGUUUUGCUGCAUGGAGCCGUGAGGAAGUGUUGGAUUAUUUAUUCAUUCUCACACUAAAAGACUUAAACAUGACAGCCUGUGAUUUUUUUUUUAUUUUUUUAUUUUAUGCUUUUCCCAAAACUUUACAUUUGGGCAGGUUCGGUCUUUUCGGAUGUUUUUGUGAAUGUAUUUGAAGCACAGCGGACUAGCAGACAGAAAAGCGAGUGGAAAGAAGGCAUUAUUAAUAGCUAUUAUAUUUUUCAAAACUGAAAUUGUUUGAUGUGUGUCUAACUGCUUGUAAUUCAGCCUUCGUCUGGAUGUGUUUCCCUUCUGUUACAUAUAUGUAAUAAAUGUAUGUCAUAUCAGU